AUCAGGCAGAGUUUCUUUAAUGAAAACCCCAGCAAGGGUUGGUGUGUGUGUGAGUUUUUCCCUGACCCUGGGAUCUCAUAGCUAAACCGAGGGAGCCCAGAAGGAAGCCGCAGGAUCUAGCUAGCUGACCUUUCCAUACACUCGAGAGGGAUUUGGUCUCUAAUUCAGAUCAGUUCUGGAGUUAGAAACCCACGAUGUCCACCCUGACGCUUCCAGGCUAGGAGUCUGCCUUGGGACGUGCCGCUGCCCUUUUAAACCUGGCCACCCCAGCCCAGAAUGGCUUUGUGCCUCAACCAAGUUUUCAACAAAGACAAAACCUUUCGCCCCCGUAAGAAAUUCGAGCCCGGCACCCAGCGGUUUGAGCUGUACAAGAAAGCCCAGGCCUCUCUCAAAUCUGGGCUGGAUUUGAAGACUGUGGUCCAACUGCCUCCUGGGGAGAAUAUCAAUGACUGGAUAGCGGUGCAUGUGGUUGACUUCUUCAACAGGAUAAACCUUAUCUAUGGGACGAUGUCGGAGUUCUGCACCGAGAAGAGCUGCCCAAUCAUGUCUGGUGGGCUCAAAUAUGAAUACAGGUGGCAGGAUGAUCACAAGUACAAGAGGCCGACCAAGCUCUCGGCACCCCAGUACAUGUGUAUGCUGAUGGAAUGGAUCGAGAUGCUCAUUAACAAUGAGGACAUCUUUCCUACCAGGAUAGGAGUCCCCUUCCCCAAGAAUUUCCAGCAGGUGUGUACCAAGAUCCUCACCCGCCUUUUCCGAGUCUUCGUCCAUGUCUACAUCCAUCACUUCGAUAGUAUCAUCAGCAUGGGUGCCGAGGCCCAUGUCAACACCUGCUACAAGCACUUUUACUACUUCAGCAGAGAGUUCAGCCUCAUUGACCACCGGGAGCUGGAGCCUUUGAAAGAAAUGACAGAGAGAAUUUGCCACUGAGGUGAUGUCUGACGAGAAGUCUGUCCGUCUCCCCUGGAGCCCACUUGCAAUGGGAUGGAAAUGCAGAAUGCUGGACAAUCUGACUCCGAGCUCUUGCUGUGGAGAGAACAGUGUUUAUAUGAUCCCAGUCUCUGUUACGUGGAUACUUUAUUUUUAGAAACCAUUGGCCAGAACCGGGAUAGGACAAGUGUGUGUGUGUGUGAGGGGUGGUUUAAAUACAUACCCACAGAUUUCAUUCUCAUCCCCGUGAGCCCUAAUCACCUGCUUCUUUAUUCCCCCUCAAUCCCAUCCCCUACACACCUGCUGUGUCCUAAAUUAUGUGGUUCUCCUUUAAUUAUGGCACUGAUGGCUGGAGGGUGAAAUCCCUAGCUAAAUGCUCCAGUGAUUACAUCUGCUCACUAGAUUGUGACCCUAUUUUAAUGACAAUAGACCUCUAAGCAAGUAGUUAUUUUGAGGGUGGGGACAAGGAAGGGGUUUGGAUAAGGCAGGGGUUCAGAUAGGGUUUUGGAUAACCAGGAGUUUACUAUACCAGGAUUCUGGCCGCCCCGUGUGCAGGUAUGUGAAGAAAGCUCCUCUUGCACCAUUGCACACCUGUGCACUAGCAGCCAGGACACAGACACUGGGAAGGAGUUGACUAGCUCGCUUUAGAAACGUUCCUAAAAACGUAGAGAAGCACAUGGGAAAAAGCACCAAGAAUCACAUUCGCCCUGCACUGCCCCCCCGGCUUCAGCCAGGCAAAGGGGAGCUGCAGAGCAGGGGCGUACAUAAUGACUAGCACCAAGAGAACUGAUUUCCUCUGUGAUCUCCAAAGGUCAAAUGGAGGUGCUCAUUAUCUGAAUACAGAGCCGGGGGUCUAAUCCCAGUUCUCGUGGAUUCCUUUAGUUGGGCUGUGGAUCUUGUGCUUAAUGAAAACUUCCAGGACUCUGUUUGACAUUCCAGUGAAGUCAGUAGAGUUACACCAGGGAUGAAUUACACCCACGCUCAUCCUGGUCUGUCCGGUGAUGGGUCACUGAGAGCUCUUCCUUCCAAACCCGGAAGGUUGGCUACAAAUACAACUGUGUAACAGUAGGGAAGGCGAAGGGGAUUGUGGGAACCGGAGUCAAUCUGACUAGAGCUGGUCAAAACUGACGGUUGAAACAGUUUUGCACCGAACAAUGGCUUGUUCCUCAAAAUGGAAAUUUCCAUGGGAUUGAUUUCUCCCCCACUUCCUCCCCCAGUAUCCAAAAACUGAAACACUUUGGCCAAAUCCCCCCAUAUCUUCAGUUUUGAAUUGAAGAGUUUUCAGUUUGUUGGCUCUUUAAUCUAGCAGAGGUGUAACAAGAUCCAACGGCUGGAAGUUGAUGUUGGACAUGUUCAGACUGGAAAGAAAGCAUAUAUUUUUAACGGUGAGCAUCAUUAGCCAUUGGACCGGCUUACUAAGGGUUGCAGUUGGUUCUACAUCACUAGCAAUUCUAAAUCAAGAUUGGUUGUCUUCCUAAAAGAUCUGCUCUGGUUCAAACAGGAAUUAUUUCAGGGACGUUCUCUGGUCUGUGUUAUACAGAAAGUCAGACUAGCUGAUCACAGUGGUCCUUUCUGGCCUCUAUUUGGGGGGUGGGUUGUUGGUUUGUUUUGUUUUUUUAAAAAAAAACCAAAACUUUUAAAGGAAAAUGGAGAUGAAAACAGGAUUUUUCAUGGGAACAAAAACUGUCCCCACUAGUUCUGGCUCUGUUUUGGGGGUUCAGAAUCCGUGAGUCUGGGGGUUGAGCAGAGCCCCAAAACUCACUCAAAACUGCUGAGUUUUUCAUUCCAUUUUGACGUGAAACCAUAUGAAGCUGCGAGUCCUCCUGCAGCACCUAAAGUAAGCCCCAGCUCCCUCAAAACCAGGCCUGCUUUCCCCAGAAAGCUUUACAAAUCUCUGGUAAGCCAGGGCUGCAUUUCAAGGGUCUGAUGCUGCGAGAUGAGCAUCCCCAGGCCAAUCUGUGAUGUCUGUGAGCAUUGAGGCUGACCCACCUCGUGUUCAGGCUCCAAGUCUUUAUCAAAACUCCAACAACCAGGCAGCUGCAGGUGAUGGCAAGAUUUGCAUGAAGUUUCACACUGCUCUUAUCUAGGAGUUUACAGUCCAGUAGCUUCUGGUUUCAGGGCCAAAUUCACUGCGGGGGCAACUCCACUGAACUCGCUGAAGGUGGCCCUUUUUGGGUAAAGGAUCGUUAAUGUGUUUACAGUUGCAAUAAAAUAUCGCACCACCAUCCCCAUCCCUACAUUUUCAGGGCCAUGCAAUUCCCACGGACUUCAUGUGGUUAAAACCCCAUGCAGCACUUUUAAACAUAGUCAUUACAGUCAUGCAGCUCCCUUCUUCCACACUAAUCAACCCACCAGUUGCUGCCUCCCCACAGGGACCAUUUUUUCAAGGAGCAAUUUUUCCCCUCUUGUCCCUCAGUGAAGAUAACUUCAUCAGUCUGAGCUAUUCUAAAUGGGUCUUGGAGCAUCAGGUACAGAUGGCCUUGGUGACAGAUGCAUUCCAAUCCGGCCAGUGUCAUUUUUGCAGGUAUUGUCAUGGUUUCUUCUCCCUUUGUGUAUAUAAAUAAACCCUUCCCUUGAAAUGCUCUAUGAAGGACUUAGGGCAAAAAUGAAGGACAAAGGAUUUACAGAAAGGAACAAAGCAGUGUGG